AAUUGACAGAUCCAAUGUGUUUCCUGGCUGAUCCUUCUCUAAAUGACCAUGAAAAAAGGUGUCACGCUUUGCUUGCUAUUAUGACAAAUCCCCUGUGGCGAAACGAAGCCGCACUAAGGGAAAACAAGGCUAAACGAGAUAGCCUAGGGGUAGCACUAUAAGCCGAGACAGCAUUACGUAUUAACGCAAUGCGUUAAACCCCAUACUGCCAAUAGUAUAAUUUUGGGUAACGAGCAGACAAAUCCGUGACCCCAUUUUUGCAGCAUCCAAUUUCUAAGGCUUUGUUCGAGGUCGCAUCAGAAUUCGAUUGGCUUAACACGUGCACUUAUGUGAGGCCCGUGUGAUAUCAAGAGCAUCUGUUCUCUGCUUAACGUUUAUGCAAACUCAAAACCAUUCGUUACUUGAUAUAUCUAUAUCUUUGUAUGGAAAACUCGACGACCUUUCAGCGCCGACGCCUCGAGCAUUGAUCCAAGGCGUCAGCUUGCAGUUAUGACGAUAGUCAUGCACACUGUAUAUAGAUCUAUAGAAUCAUAUAUAUAUAUAUGCUACUACCAAAUAGCAAGCUACAAAUUUGAAGAGGAUCUUUUGAGAAGCUGGGUUUUCAUAAAAAAUCAUCAUGACAAAUCUUUAAGCUAUCAAAAUAUAUCUGUUCUUACAGUAAUACAGAAAGCAUCAUUUAUGACGUUACAAAAAAAAAUGUAAAAUACGCUGAAGCAUUUUGGAAAUUAAAAGAUUAUAAAAACCAAUACUAAAUCUUGAAAAUAAGUUUCAGAUAAUUGAUAGAGACUGUGAAGAUUGAUGAGAUGGAAAAAAAGUCCAAUUGCCAGGAAAAUGGAAAAUUUCAUCGUUUCCCUUUUAUUUUUAUCAAAAUAAUCACAUGCUAAUAGUGGCAGCAAUUACUGAAUGCAGUCGAGGGGUGAAAACGUGUACUAAGAAUGGACGAUGGAGUUGCGAGGCUGACACUACUUAUUGUAGUUGGCCAGAUAUUAAUAAUUUUAUGCACCCCCUUGGGAAGACCGAUGCACAGGCAAAUAGAAUCCGAUUUGACACGGGUAAAUUGCUCGAUGUUUGUCCGCCCCGUUUCAGAAUGAUUUCAGGGGCGUUUAGGAGGGUUCGACUUAUUUGAAAUCUGUCAUGGAGCCUUGACAAUAUGUUGCGUUAUGCCCCUAAUACUUUUAGUCAAGUGACGACACGUGGACUAUGGGAUUACCGCAUCCUCAUCAACCCCAACGAUUAAGGGGUUGGUGCUGGAUCCCAUCCUGUAUUUCUUUGAGAAUCACCACGUAUCGUCCUGGUGAAGCUUCUACAAGAACAAUUCGAAAUCGGUUCACUACGGGAUAUGAGCUACCCUGAACCACUCUGGGAAAUCAAUGGAAAUCAAGCACCAGUGAUAACGGCGGAAAUGUCGCAGUACGUUGGUUCGGAUCUUGGAGGCUACCCUAUAUGGGAUAGUUCCGUUUUAUAUCAAGCUCAACCACCUACUCAUUCACACGUUAACGAACACGGUCUUUAUCGUCAACCAUGUGCAUUACUUCAUCAGAGCCGUUACACUUCCAAUGGCCGCAGUCCGAAUUUGCCGACGUCGACCACGAAGAAGCCAAGGCGUCGCGUCGCCACUGUAUCCCAGAGAAGAGCAGCGAACAUACGUGAGCGUCGAAGGAUGUUCAACCUGAACGAGGCAUUUGACAAAUUACGUAGAAAGGUGCCAACAUUUGCUUAUGAGAAACGUUUAUCCCGAAUUGAAACGUUACGUCUAGCCAUCACAUACAUAGCUUUCAUGGGCGAGUUACUGGGAAUUGAACCGAGCAGUCCAAAGCCAGAAUACAUACCAAGGGAAUAUUAUUUGCCCAAUUGAAAUUCAAAUGUACCUUAUCCAUACAAUAACUCUGGUCUUCCAAUGUAAAGUGCUAUGUAAUUAAUUUACUUUAUUUAUUCAUUUUAUUUAUUGAUUACUUGUUUUAUUAUUUUUGGAUAAAUUAUUAUUUGUCAAUACGGUUGACAAUAAUACCGAUGAAUAAUGUCUUUCACUAAUGAUCAGGAACUAUUGUUCGAUUAAUCUGGAAUAAUUCCGCUUGAUGGUGAUAAGCAUAAAAUUGGCAUAAGAUUAAUUCGUAACUGUGUAAAUGCGUUUAAUGACAAUAAUGAUUUUAUAUAUUAAAAAUUCAAAAUGUCUUCCAUGGAUUAAUGUAUAUCCUGUCGUACGUCAUUCUAGCAGUAUUAAGUAUUUAUUGUACGAUAUUUUCAAAUGACACUCAAAGUGUUAUAUCCAAUUAAUGUAAUGAAAUAUGUAAAGGGCAAUAAAUUAAAUCAGUAACGCCUAUUUGUUUCCCGUAUGACUUUUGUUUUUCAGUGUGCUUUGUAAUAGAAUGUUGAUUAAGAAUUCAUCAAUUUUUCAUUGGUAUUACGUUAAUACCCGUCAAAUGAUUAAGUGACAUCAUACCUCCAUUGACUUGGACAAAACGAAUGACUUGUCAUUCUCAGCAUGCAACGUAUCCAAACGUAUCUCAUUGAUCGUUGAGUGUGUUUGUUUGGCUGGUAUAAGGAAUGCCACAAUAUCCCUAACCUAAGAGAACAGUUUCAUGUUUAUGUAUUCUUGGACUUAAAACCCAAUAAG